AUGGCAGCUAAGAUCCAAUUUAUUUGUACAAACAACAUAACCGAAUAUGAAGCUUGUAUCCUUGGGUUGAAAAUGACCAUUGACAUGAAUGUUCACAAGCUAUUGUCUAUUGGAGACUCACAUUCGUUGAUUCAUCAGGUUCAGGGAGAAUGGGCUGUGAAGAACCCAAAGAUUAUACCUUAUGUACAAAUACAAAAUGAGUUGGCUGAUGCUCUCUCCACCAUCGCUUCUAUGAUUAAGCAUCCAGAUACUGAUUAUAUUGAUCCUCUGGAUAUAGAUAUGAAAGAACAUAAAGUCCAUUGUUCACAUGUUAGGGAAGAACCAGACAGUUUGCCAUUGUAUUUCGAUAUAAAGAAAUAUUUGGAGUUCGUAAAUUAUCUUAAAGAUGCUACAUCCAACCAAAAUAAGUCGAUACGCCGUAUGGCUCUAAAUUUCUUUCUAAGUGGACAUGUACUUUAUAAGAGGACUACAGACUUGGGUAUUCUCAGAUGUGUCGAUGCUGUGGAAGCUUCGAAGAUUAUCGAACAUAUACAUGCUGGAGUUCGUGGCACACAUUAUGCAUGGGCUUACUUUUGCAAGAAAGAUCCUUCGAUUUGGGUAUUACUGAAUGACUAUGGAGAAUGA